AUGGCUAGAAUUGAGCCACAAAGUUCAACAAGAAGAAAAGAAAGACUGCCUUCCUUCUUCAAGGUCUUAAUUGGCGACUUCUCUAGCCAGUUGAGGAUCCCACCGAAGUUUGCAAAGCAUCUUGAGAGUAAUCUGAAUCAAACGUUUCGAGUCCGGAAUUCUGCAGGGGACUGCUGGUAUGUUCGCAUUGAAAGGAAUCAGAACAUUCUGUGUCUUACAGAAGGUUGGAGGGAAUUUGUGCAAGAUAAUGCUCUAGAGCUUGGAGACUUUCUAAUUUUUUCAUGCUCUGGGAUUUCAGACUUUGAUGUCACCGUAUAUGGAAAAGAUUGUUGUGAAAAGAAUGCGGUUGCUGCAGAUGAAAAGAAAACAAAAUCUCCUUCCUCUGAAGGAAAUCAAAAUGAGGUUGAUCAACCAGUCAGGAAGGAUAAGAAGUGUGGCACGAAUGUUAAACCGAUUGGCGUGGACUCUGAUAGUGACAUUGAACAUGAAAUUAGCACGAGUAGCUUACAAGAUCAGCAGCAGAGUCUGUGUCGAAAGGAAAGUCAAGAAAAAUCUCGGGCUUUCGAAGCCAUUGAAUUUGUCUCUAAGCAUCCAUCGUUUCAAGUUCGUAUGCAAAAAUCUUAUUUGCAACAUGGUUUUUUGAAUCUACCAAAAAGGUACUUGAUGGAGUUCACUAAAGGGGCAAAACAGAAUGUAACACUUAGGAUUUCAAAAAAAACCUGGUCAGUGAAAUUGACACCCUCAGGACACCAUCUAAGGUUACGAGAGGGUUGGAGGGCAUUUGCGAAAAGCAAUUCUCUCAAGAUAGGUGAUAUUUGCAUCUUUGAAGUGUUAGAGGGGACUGCUCUUGAGCUACAAGCUUGCGGCAGCAAAAGGAUCAAACGGAAUAAUCCAGCAAAAGGUCGAUUGUUCAGAGCAGGUUCAAUGGACAUUAUAAAGCAAGGGAAGAAAAAAAUAACAACUGGUAGAGACUAA